AUGAUUUCUCACACCAUAAACCUAUUUCUCCUCUUCAUCAUCUCCACAACAUUCUUAUGUCUCUCUUCAUGUGAUGAUGUCAUUCCAAACAAGUACUCCUCUAUAUUGGGUCCUAACAAUGAUAAGCUACCUACUCAAGAUGAAGCUAUAGAACUAUUCCAACUAUGGAAGAAAGAAAAUGGACGUGUCUACAAUGACGUCACAGAGAUGUCCAAAAGAUUAGGCAUUUUCCUUUCUAAUUUAAGAAUUAUCACAAACGCUAAUAGAAAAAGAAAGUCAUCCCAUGACAUACUUCUUGGUCUCACAAACUUUGCUGAUUUGAGUUCCAAGGAGUUCCAGGAAAGUUACUUACACGAACUUGACUUAUCCGAUAACACGAUGAAGCUGCAGGAUGAUGUUGAGUUACAAAAUUUUACUCUGCCUGCAUCCGUGGAUUGGGUAACACUAGGAGCUGUAACUGAUCCUAUGGAUCAAAAAAAUUGUAAUUGUUGCUGGGCAAUCUCAGCUGCAGGAGCCAUUGAAGGAAUAAGUAAAAUAAAGACGGGGAACCUUAUAAAACUUUCUGUUCAAGAGCUUGUGGAUUGUGAUCCGGGAAGUCGUGGUUGCGAGGGCGGUUAUGUGCAGACUGCAUACGAUUGGGUUAUAAAUAACGAUGGGAUUACAGAUGAAGAUAGUUAUCCUUUUACAGCACGGAAGGGUCCCAGCUGCAGAUCAACAAUGACUAAACCUCGUGCAACUAUUUCUUCAUAUAUGGGCUUGGACGCAACUGAGAAAGCACUAUUAAUUCAAACUGCUCUGCAGCCAAUUAGUUCGUGUCUUUAUGCUAUACCCGAAGAUUUUCAACAUUAUACAGGGGGAAUAUAUGAGGGUCUCAAAUGCCCAGAGGAUCCUAAACUAGCAAAUCACUGCAUGUUAAUAGUUGGUUACAAUACUGAAUCGAAGCAAGAUUAUUGGCUUGUGAAGAACUCAAUGGGCGCUCAUUGGGGAAUGGAAGGUUAUAUGUUUAUCAAAAGAAAUAACGGUAGAAAAUAUGGAGUGUGUGGCUUCAAUGGAUGGGGUUCCUACCCAAUCAAACACUAG